AUGUACGUGCUUCGUACCCCUGAUCCGGGCGGCGGCACCCAUGCGCGCCAGCCGAAACCAUCGGAUCGCGCGGAGCUGCUCGCCCAGCCCCUGCCGUUGGAAGAGGUGCUCGACCGUCUGGCGCGUGUCGAAAACGAAGAGGAGGCGGCCAUGAUGCGCCAGAGGAUCGACGAGGUCAAGCGACGCGUGACGACGACGACGACGACGAGCGGCGUCGGCGGCGAGGCGAGGGUGGAGGCGUGCAUCAACAAUACGCACUUUGACGUGAGGGCACAGCCCAUCUUGCAAAUCACGCCCGCGUAUCUGGGGUACUGCUGGCGGCGCGGCUUGGCACUCCAGAUGGCACACAUGCAGGACGGCAUCGACGGCAUCCUGCCCGUCUUCGUCGGUGAUCUCGACCGCGCUUGGAGCGACGACGAAGAGCCGGCAGGCCAGAUGACGUACGUGGCCUGGGAGCUCGAGCACGUUGGCGGAGCAGAGGGGCUGACGAGCAGAGCCAUGCUUGCGCUGCUGCUCGACCUAGGCACCUCGUCCGCCCUUGCGGCCGGACCCCGGGAUGCCAAGGGUGCCGAGCAUCUCGAGCAUGUGCACGCGUCCAAGGAGGCGACGAUGCAGUCCAAGGCCAUGCGAGCCGGAGUAGGGCAUAUGCGCAGCGUCUUUGUGGAUCUCCUGCGCCACAUGGCCGACGAGCCGGCGUACGAGCUGCACAAUACACUCACCGACCCGCUCUGGAACGACAGCGUGCAUCCCACCGGCGCCUGCUCGGCACAGCAAAGCCAACGCAAGGCGGAGCAAGCAGAGGCCGAGGAAGAGCAGUGA